UGCAUGAUCGAGCCAAACAUUCCAGUUUAUUUAAUUAUUUCUGGCAUUUUAUUAAUUGCUAGUGGUGUUGCGAGAAUAUUCUUUUGGUUAAGCUCAGAUUCUUUAACGACUGGAAGAAGAAGGGGAAACAAUUCUGGAGAUGGUAGUCAUGUUUGUGAAUAUUUAAUUGAAGGCUCUAUAUUAUUUUGUAUUGUUGUUAUCGUCAUUUUAGGCUGUUUUUGGGUAUAUGGAGCAUCUCGAUAUAUGCAAAACCAGCGCUAUAUGUUUGAAUGGCAUUAUUGUAACCCAACAGUUUAUUGGACAGCUUGGUGGAGUGUCACCCUUCAUUUGGCAUUUUUUGCUCUUCUUUUUUUGGCAGUGGUUAUUCUACUUGUGUAUGGGGCCCUUCUUGGAUAA